GCGAGAGCGAGGCAGGGCGGAGAAUUUAGAGGAUCAAGCUCACUGGCAGCCGCCGUAGCUCAAUAUGGAGUAACCGCGUCGGAUCGACAACGACUGGAGUAGCGUACAAAGAACCCCGCUUUGGAUCGACAUUACAUUAGCAAGGAAUAAGGGAACACUUUCCAUGAUGAGAUACGGCAUUGCAUAUAGACAAUUGACUUGAAAGGAAUAAAAUAGACGUUACAAUUUCUAUUUAUUAUUGAAAAAUGGCGAACGAGUCUCCAGCUAAAAGUCUAGUGGACAUAGACCUUGCCUCUUUGCGGGACCCAGCUGGUAUUUUCGAACUGGUGGAAGUGGUUGGCAAUGGCACCUAUGGACAAGUAUACAAGGGCCGACAUGUCAAGACAGGACAACUGGCGGCCAUCAAGGUCAUGGACGUCACAGAGGAUGAAGAGGAGGAGAUUAAAUUGGAGAUUAAUAUGCUGAAGAAGUACUCCCACCACAGAAAUAUAGCCACCUACUACGGAGCCUUCAUCAAGAAGAGCCCCCCAGGACACGACGACCAGCUAUGGCUGGUGAUGGAAUUCUGUGGUGCAGGCUCCAUCACAGACCUGGUGAAGAACACGAAGGGCAACACACUGAAGGAGGACUGGAUCGCCUACAUCUCUCGUGAGAUCCUCAGGGGGUUGGCUCACCUGCACGCCCACCAUGUGAUCCACCGUGACAUCAAGGGUCAGAACGUGCUGCUGACUGAGAACGCAGAGGUCAAACUUGUGGACUUUGGUGUGAGCGCCCAGUUGGACCGGACAGUGGGCAGGAGGAACACCUUCAUUGGUACACCCUAUUGGAUGGCACCCGAGGUCAUCGCCUGCGACGAGAACCCAGAUGCCACUUAUGACUACAGAAGUGACUUGUGGUCCACUGGAAUCACAGCUAUAGAGAUGGCUGAGGGAGCUCCUCCGCUGUGCGAUAUGCAUCCAAUGAGAGCUCUCUUCCUCAUCCCCAGAAACCCUCCUCCUCGACUCAAGUCAAAGAAAUGGUCUAAGAAGUUUUGCAGCUUCAUCGAGGGCUCCCUGGUGAAGAACUACACCCAGCGCCCCCCCACCGACCAGCUGCUGAAACACCCCUUCAUUAGGGACCAGCCCAAUGAGAGGCAGGUCCGCAUCCAACUCAAAGACCACAUCGACCGCACCAAGAAGAAGAGGGGGGAGAAGGAUGAGACCGAGUAUGAGUACAGCGGGAGUGAGGAAGAGGAGGAGGAAGCUCAGGAGCAGGAGGGGGAGCCCAGCUCCAUAGUGAACCAGCCAGGGGAGUCAACCCUGCGUAGGGACUUCAUCCGUCUGCAGCAGGAGAACAAGGAGCGCUCGGAGGCCCUGCGCAGACAGCAGCUCCUGCAGGAGCAGCAGCUCCGGGAGCAGGAGGAGUACAAGCGCCAACUACUGGCAGAGAGGCAGAAACGCAUCGAGCAGCAGAAGGAGCAGAGGAGGAGGCUGGAGGAGCAACAGCGUCGUGAGCGGGAGAUGAGGAGGCAGCAGGAGCGCGAGCAGCGUCGCCGCGAGCAGGAUGACAAGAGGCGCAUGGAGGAGGUUGAACGCCGGCGUAAAGAGGAGGAGGAGCGCAGGAGGGCUGAGGAGGAGAAGAGGAGGGCUGACCGGGAGCAGGAGUACAUCCGUCGCCAGCUGGAGGAGGAGCAGAGGCACCUGGAGAUCCUGCAGCAGCAGUUACUCCAUGAACAGGCCAUGCUACUGGUGAGACCGAACUCUGCCGAUGAGAGGUACCGUAAGAACAUCCAAGGUUCUCCUCAGGCCGCCCAGGUUAAGGUUCAGCCCCCGGUUCCUCCCCGUGCCGCCGAGACCAUUGCCAACGGAAAUGCCCCCAUGGCUGUCCCGCCUGCCAAGCAAAGGCCCAUGGAACCCCAGGUCCAGUGGUCCCACCUGGCCGCUCUAAAGAGCAGCAGCGCCGCUCCCCCCAUCGUCCCUAGCUUUGCACACCUCCACCUGUGCUCUCAGGAGCAGCACCAUCACCCUGCACCUUCAUCAUCACCUUCAUCAUCACCCGCACGCACUGACCCGCAGCCCAACCCCCAGCCCAAGGGCCUGCCCCUCGAGAAGGCCCCCACAGACGACACCCCUCCCAGGGUUCCUGUGAGGACAACGUCCAGGUCUCCAGUACUGUCACGCAGGGACUCCCCUCUCCAUGGCAACUCCAAUGCCACGCCUAGCAACCCGGCGGGCCAGAGGAACGCCUACAGUGCUGCAGCGGAGCCACGUCUGCUGUGGGAGCGGGUGGAGAAACUGGUUCCCAGGCCAGCCAGUGGCAGUGGUAGUACUGGCAGCUCCUCUGGCUCCAGUAACUCCAGCUCCCAGCCCAGCUCUCACAGCGGCUCAGGGGAGAGGUUCAGAGCCCGCUCCUCGUCAAAGUCUGAGGGUAAUCCCCUCCAACGUCCAGAGCAUGCUGGGAAAAAACCUGAGGAGAGGAAGGAGUUGGUCAGACCUAACCGACUGGCGGGGGAAGUGGACCUGACAGCGCUGGCCAAAGAGCUGCGUGCGGUGGAGGACGUGCCACGUCCCCACAAGGUGACAGACUACUCCUCAUCCAGUGAGGAGUCGGGGACCACGGAUGAGGAUGAGGAUGAUGAAGAGGUGGACCAGGAGGGAGGGGAGGAGUCUACAUCAGGACCAGAGGACUCUCGCGCUGUCUCUUCCAGACUGAACAACGGAGAGAUGGAGUCGGUGAAGACCUUGAUCGUUCACGACGAGGGCGAGAGUGACUCUAAAACCACACCCUGUAAAGAUGGCACUCUGAUCGUCAGACCGAGUACAGGUGACAACAAAAAGCGACCUGUCCCCAGCCCUGGUCAAGGCCCUGGCCCUGUCCCUGGCUUUAACACCAGCCCCGGGCUGAUUCACCCUGCCCUCCAGGGCCUUCCAGGCCUCCAAGGCCACCAGGAGAAAAAUGGCUUUGUGGGCCGCAUUCACCUCCUGCCUGACCUGAUCCAGCAGAGCCACCACUCCCCCUCCUCCUCCGCCUCCUCCUCUCCCUCCUCCAGCCUGGCCAGCCCCACCAUGUCCAUGUCCCCCCAGAGCCCCCUGGACAAGCUCAGCAUGCUCCUGGAGAGUCAUUCUGUCAGCAACACCAUGCAGAAACACAAGUCCUCCUCCUCCUUCACUCCUUUUAUCGAUCCACGCCUCCUCCAGGUCUCUACAUCCGGCGCCGCUCUCAACAACCUGGCUUUUGGGAACGACGCCAGGCUGGCGGAGGCACUGAGGGCGGACCCGUCACGUAAAGGCUCCGUGGUCAACGUGAACCCUGUCAACACACGGCCGCAGAGCGACACCCCAGAGAUCCGCAAGUACAAGAAGAGGUUCAACUCUGAGAUCCUGUGUGCUGCGCUCUGGGGAGUGAACCUGCUGGUGGGGACAGAGAGUGGUCUGAUGCUGCUGGAUCGUAGCGGUCAGGGGAAGGUGUACCCCCUCAUCAGUCGACGCCGCUUCCAACAGAUGGACGUCCUGGAGGGCCUAAACGUCCUGGUUACUAUAUCAGGCAAGAAGAACAAGCUGCGUGUGUACUAUCUGUCCUGGCUGAGGAACAAGAUCCUGCACAAUGACCCUGAGGUGGAGAAGAAGCAGGGCUGGGUCACUGUGGGAGACCUGGAGGGCGCUGUUCACUACAAAGUUGUGAAAUACGAGAGGAUCAAGUUUUUGGUUCUGGCCCUGAAGAACUCGGUGGAGGUCUAUGCAUGGGCACCCAAGCCGUACCAUAAGUUCAUGGCUUUCAAGUCGUUUGGUGACCUGGUGCACAAGCCCCUGCUGGUUGACCUGACGGUGGAGGAGGGUCAGAGGUUAAAGGUAAUCUAUGGCUCCAGUAACGGAUUCCAUGCCGUGGACGUGGACUCAGGGGCCGUCUACGACAUCUACCUGCCCACCCAUAUCCAGACCAGUAUCCAGUCCCAUGCCAUCAUCAUCCUGCCCAACACAGAUGGCAUUGAGCUGCUGGUGUGUUACGAGGACGAGGGUGUCUAUGUCAACACUUAUGGACGCAUCACCAAGGACGUGGUGCUGCAGUGGGGCGAGAUGCCCACCUCCGUGGCCUAUAUCCGUUCUAACCAGAUCAUGGGCUGGGGGGAGAAAGCCAUAGAGAUCAGAUCUGUGGAGACUGGACAUCUGGACGGAGUCUUCAUGCACAAGAGAGCCCAGAGACUCAAGUUCCUGUGUGAGAGGAAUGACAAGGUCUUCUUUGCCUCGGUGCGAUCCGGAGGAGCCAGCCAGGUGUACUUUAUGACCCUGGGGCGCACCUCUCUGCUCAGCUGGUAGAGAGACCACGCCCCCUCUACACUGGAAACCAACCACGUUUUACCCAACGUUCAGCGAUGCCAACGGACAAAAGCCAACCACCUCCGACAUAGUUACGACCUUCGACCUGGAGCAUCGUGCUAUAUUGAGGAUACACAACAUCCAGAUGACGUCGCCCCAGCCAUGAUUACCAGAUAUGAGAAUUGUAAAAAAUGAAGUUAAUUGAUUUUAAAACAAAGAAAAAAAUGUGAAAAAAGGGGGGGAACAGUUUGCCCCACUUUGGUGCUCAACCGAUUGUGGACACACGUCUGUGCGGGGCCGUUGCCCUGACGGCGUGUGACCUGUGUGUGUGUGUCGUUCCUAGUUCCUGACUGUGCUAUGGGCUUGAAGUCUACUACUAACUACUCUCUGCAUCUUCUGCUCGUAUUUCAGGAGCCCCCUUCUCCCCACCCCUUUUCUUAGCGAGGGAGGGGCAGGGGGUGGAGCGUACAGUGUUAAUGCUACAGUAGUGUAUGUCAAUGUCUUUCUGUUUAGUCCAAUGAUUGCUGACUGCGGGGGGGGGGUUGAAGCUGUCAGUCAAGGAGGCGGGAAUAAAGAAGCCUAGCAAGGGAGCCAAUUGGUUCUAGGCUCAGUGCUGUCAUGACGACAGUGUGUGGGAAGGGCCUAUCCAUUUUACCAUAAAUCUGGUAUCUGAGAGGACUCAGCUGGAGUGUGUUGAUAGUUAGGACAGCUACCGUAUUUUAAUGGGUGAGUUCAAGGAAAAGGACUUCAGAAUAGUAUUUUUUAUUUUAUUAUGAUUCCCUAAAAAAAGUGUAACUAUGUGGAGUUCAUAUUUCUUUUACCUUGGUUUUAAAAAUCACAAUGCACAUAGCCUCCAGUUUUCUUUAGCAUUUAUUCCAACCCACAACACAUUAAAAUGCUUUAGGAGUCAGAGAGUGGAUGGGUUGGAUAAAAAAAUAGUAUCUAUGUAUAAUAAAAGUUAAUUUAAUAUCAUACAUAGUUUCAAUGGUCAUGUUAGUGGAAUCCUCAGUCCAACAUGACGCUGUGAUCCGGCUUGGACCAUCAGAGUCCAGGAAGGAGGACAUGGUCCUGAUGUGAAUAGACAGAUAUAAUAAAAGAGAGUGGAGGAGAAGGUUCAGGUCAUAUACAGUAUGUGUGUGUGGUUGUAAAGGGGCCAAUAGGUGAGAGAGGAGGGGUGCCAAUGUAAGUUCUUGUAGCAGAAAGGUUACACAUGGUCAGCAAAACUCAAUGGGCGCAUAGUCAGUGGAUGGAAAAAACAUUGGUGUUUUAUUGUUGUUUUUCAUUUGUAUCUUUUUAUGAAUGCAAUGCACUAAGUGUCAAGAAUGUAGAAAGAAAUAUACUGUUGUGGUUAAAGGCAUGAGCAUUUUAAUUUAGUUCCUUAUCACAAGUGAUCAAUUUUAUGUUCAAUUUCAAGUUGACACAAGUGAAUACUAAACGAUGAAGGCUCUAAGGAAAAUGUCGAUUUUGGGGGCAAUUCCGAAUCGUUUCUGAGACUAGGUUGUGACUGUCCUUUCACAAACUCAAUGUUUUAAAGUGAAUCGGAGCUGGAGCGUUAAUAGCUCUAGGUUGAGACGUUGCUAGGCUACAGUAGUUUCCUGUGGGGCCAGUAUGCUCACAGUAAUUUAAUCAACCUUAUUCACUAACAGGGCUUAGACCUCAGUGUUUAACAUUGCCAGGCUCAAUAAAGACUUCUUGAGCUCUACUUCUUGUCCUUCUCGUGUGAUGUGUCAGCUUGUCAAUGGAAGGCAAAUCAAAACAACAGUUGUUUCAAAUCAGAGGAGAGCAAACUGGUCAUCAGGAUCCAGAGCAUGGGUGACCUCUGAUUCUACAGCUCUCUGAAGGUGUUCACCACAGAAACCCACUUUGGGCAGAAUACUUUUUUUGUUCACUGUUAAAGGGUGUAGUCUAUACUUCUGUACAUCUGAAGACCAUUCAAUACCCCCCCCCCCCCACCCCCUCAGUGCUGACCCACUAUGUCUUUCUGGUUAUAUCAAGGCCUUCAUGAGUGGCAUAAGUGAGUUUAUUAAGAUUAUGGUUAUUGAUAUUCUUAUUAAUGGAAAAACGGACAACAAUUUCUUUGCAAUCUGAAAAGCAGUCGCUUGCUGAUUUUAUAUUUUAAACAGGUGCAAAGAUGGCAACAUUAGAAGUGUAAAAGAAAUGACGAAACCACUAUGUUGAAAAUACAUUUUUAAGAUCUCACUUGAAGCAUUACGUUUUAGACUUAGUUAAGAAGCUUAACAAUAGUUGAUGUACUCUGCAGUGGUUGAAUAUUAUAACGCUCAUGUUAGGUUGAGAAAAUGGCAAUGUUUACAGAGGCAAUGUUUUGUUACACUAAUGUGUAUCAUGAUAUUUGUUUUAUAAUUUGUUUUAUUUUUAGCUUGUUUUAUAUUGAACAUUAUUUUCAUCAAUAAUCCUAAAUGAUGCCAUUUUACUUUAGUUUUUCUCAAAUAAACAACUCAAAACACAAUAAAGAAUACACAUGCAAUGUUUGAUUUUCCAGAUGAUCCCAUAAUGCCGUCCCAGCGUUGUGGGGACAUUGUAGUGACAUGCAGUCCCUUCCCUGCAGGCUUGGAUGUCAGUCAGGCUUGGGUGUCAGUCAGGCUUGGGUGUCAGUCAGGCUUGGGUGUCAGUCAGGCUUGGGUGUCAGUCAGGCUUGGAUGUCAGUCAGGCUUGGAUGUUUUUCUCCAGUGUUUCUGCCAUGCUACUCUAAUUUAUGUGCUCUCUGUGUAUGCCAGGAAGUCUUGUAUUUUCCUGAAGGUCUUUUCUCUUUGAAUAAACUCUAAAGUAAUUUAAA